AAAAUAAAAAAACGUCUCAAAUAGUUUUGCAACUCUGGCGUUUGUGUGUUUGUGUUUGUUUCUCUGUGUAUUAUUAAUAAUAAUUUUUAAUCAAAUCAAUUUAAUAGUGAAUAUUCACCGGUUGUUGGCUGAAAAGGAGGGUUUGUUGCUGCUGUUAAAGCCAAGAAAUAAAAUAAAAUUAUUACUGUGAUUUCGGAUUAUUGUAUAUUUGUGUUCGUAACUAACAACAGGUUUUAUAUUUAAUAUUAAAUUUUAGAUUAUAUUUUUUAUUGUUAACAUUUCUACCUGUGAGUUUGUUUUUAUAAAAACAAAUUAAAAAUGGCUCUCAUAAUACUACACGACAUGUAUGACUGGUACAGGGAUCUCAUGGACAAUAAAAGUGAUCCUCGUGUCCGAGAUUGGUUUAUGAUGGCUUCACCUGUACCCACAUUUCUAUUAUGUGUAUUUUACGCUUAUUUUAGUAAAUCUUUAGGACCAAAGUUAAUGGCCAAACGCAAGGCCUUGGAUUUAAGACAAAUAUUAGUUUGGUACAAUCUGUUUCAAACCAUAUUUAGUGCGUGGAUAUUUUAUGAGUAUUUAAUGAGUGGCUGGUGGGGUCAUUAUAAUUUUAGAUGUCAACCUGUUGAUUACAGUAAUAAUCCUUUAGCCUUAAGAAUGGCACGCGUUUGUUGGUGGUAUUACAUUUCAAAAUUCACAGAAUUUUUCGACACACUAUUUUUCAUAUUGCGUAAGAAAAACCAACAUGUCUCAACACUGCAUGUCAUUCACCACGGCUGUAUGCCCUUCUCUGUAUGGAUGGGCAUGAAAUUUGCACCAGGUGGCCACAGUACCUUCUUUGCCUUAUUGAACUCAUUUGUACAUAUUGUAAUGUAUUUCUAUUAUAUGAUUGCUGCUAUGGGACCAAAAUACCAAAAAUACAUAUGGUGGAAGAAAUAUUUAACCUCUUUCCAAAUGAUCCAAUUUGUGGCCAUUUUCACCCAUCAAUUCCAAUUGUUGUUCCGCGAGUGUGAUUAUCCUAAAGGUUUUAUGGUUUGGAUUGGUUUACAUGGCGUUAUGUUCCUAUGUUUGUUCUCAGACUUUUACAAAGCCAAAUACACAAAGGCCGCCCAAAAAGUUAAGGCCACCGCCAAUGGAGUUCUCAAAUCGGCGGCGAAAGAACAUCUUAUUUCCAAUGGCAAUGGCAAAUUAAUCACAAAUGGUGAUGUGCUUUAUGCCAAUGGCAAUAGUAAUAAAGGAGCUUGUAUGCCUGUUUUGGAGGAUGAAAUUGAAGUGAAACCCUUAAGCAAUGGCCGUUUAUCGAAUGGCAAUGGCCACUAUCAAAAUGGCUAUGCCAAUGGUCACAUACUCAAGGAGGGUGUUAUCUCAACCAAUGAAGCUAUUUUAAAUUCAGAUACCAGUAGCUCUAGUCUUCACCAGAGAAAAGUCAAAUAAUAAACUAAAGUGUUUUUCUUAGGAUUUAAAAUAAUUUUAUAUAUAUACAUAUAGUUUUUAGCAACAAAUUAUAUACAAAAACAAACAAACAAAAAAAAAAAAACAAGAAAAGGAAUUAAUUAUAAAAAGGGAGAUAUAAUUUAUAUAAAAAAAACCUAAAAAAAUUUAUUGAAUGAAUGUAUGCAAAAGAAACAAAUAUUAUUUAAAAAAAUAUCUGUAAUUAAUGAACAAAAAGAAGAAAAAAAAAACAACUUGCAAUCAAAACAAUCAAUCAUUUAAUAUUAUGUAUUUUAUUUUUAUUUUUAUCAUUAUUUUAUUAUUAUUAUUUUGUUUAGUUUAAGUAUAAGUUUCUCUGUACUCUACUCUAUUAUUAUCGUAAUAAUUGACAAAACAAAACAAAAAAAAAACAUACACAAAAAUCCUUAAAUUUCAUUGGUUCACAUCUCCAACAAUCAUAUAUUUUUAUAGAUUAUUUAUUAUUGUAAAAAAAGAAGAAAUUCAACAAAAAGUUACACUUACAUACAUUUAAUAUACAUGCAUCUUCUAUAUCUAAAUAUUUUUAAUAUUUUCUCAAAUGAAUGACUAAAAAAUAUUUUUGCAAAUAUUUUGAAAAUGUUUAAAUUGUUAUUAUUAUUUUUUUAAUUGUAAUUUUUGUUCUUUAAGUACAAGAAACCAAUUUCAACUCUUUAUUUCUGUUGGUCUUUGUUAAAAAGAUUUUUGUUUUUUGGGAGAUUUUAAAUAGUAUUUAAGGUUCUACGAUUCGUGCAUUUAUCUGUUUUUUCGAGUGAAAUAAAUAAGAUUGUUUAAACAUUUUUGGUAAAAAAAAUA